AUAACCUAGAAAAGGAUCCCAUGAUCCUGAAUCGAUUCAGUGCCUCUCUCUCUCUCUCUCUCUCUUUCUCUCUCCCUCCCUGCUGCCGUCCGGCGUUCCGUUCGUGUCACGCGCGGCGUCGCCUAUUUCCAGUUACCUCUUCGCUCCAGAGCUGGCUGUGUCGUCUCUCCAUCGCCUCAUAUUCGCCUGAAGCACAUCAAGAACAAUGGACCUCAAAGAAUCAACCAGCCACCAAAGUGACGUUGCCCUCACCCUCACAAAACAUCUAUUUUCAAAAGAAGUAUAUCAGCACGAGAACCUCGUCUUUUCUCCCUUGUCCCUCCAUGUUGUUCUUAGCAUCAUGGCCCCGCUGGUUCAGAAGGCUCCACACUUGAUGAGCUUCUUUCCUUCCUUCGAUUCGACUCCACCGACCGUCUCAACUCCUUCACCUCCCAACUUGUAUCUGAUGUGCUCUAUGUGAAUGAUGCUGCUCCUCCUUCACCUCGCCUUUCUUUUGCCAGUCGUAUGUGGGCUGACAAAACGUUGUUUCUUUCCCCUUCCUUCAUACAACUUAUGGCUACUCAUUACAAGACCUCUUUGGCAUCACUUGAUUUUAAGAAACAGGGCAGAAAAGUGUGCCGUGUAGUGAAUUCUUGGGUCGGAAAAGAGACGGAUGGUCUUAUUACAGAACUUCUUGAUCCUGAAUCUGUAUCCAAUAGCUCAUCCAGACUUAUCAUUGCUAAUGCACUAUGCUUCAAAGGUGUGUGGAAACACAAGUUUGAUGCUUCAAUGACGUAUAAUCGUGUUUUUUAUCUUCUUAAUGGCACCUCAAUCAGGGUUCCCUUCAUGAGCAGCAUGAAGGCGGAGCAAUUUGUUAGUGUUUUUGAUGAUUUGAAAGUCCUUCGUCUUUCUUAUAAACAAGGUAGAGAUAAAAAGCGUCAAUUCUCCAUGUAUAUUUUUCUUCCUGAAGCUGAAGAUGGUCUUCCAGCUUUAAUUGAAAAGGUAGCUUCAGAACCUGGGUUUCUAGAAGACAAACUUCCUAAGCGAAAAGUGAAAGUGCGUGUCUUCAUGAUUCCAAAAUUCAAGAUUUCUUUUAUGCUUGAAGCUUCUAAAGUGCUGAAAGAGUUGGGAGUGGUUUUGCCUUUCUCUAGAUGUGAUGCAAAUUUUACAAAUAUGGUAGACUCUCCCUCGGAUGAAUUUCCCUCGGAUGAAUUAUACAUUGAUAACAUGUUUCAUAAAGCUUUCAUUGAGGUAAAUGAAGAAGGAACUGAAGCUGCAGCGGCUAGUUCUGGGAGAUUGGUACGUAUGUGUGAUUCAGAUUCAGUUUCAACUGACACAGACUUUGUAGCUGACCACCCUUUUCUCUUCUUAAUCAAAGAAGAUCUGAGCGGAACAAUCCUCUUUAUUGGACGGGUGCUCCAUCCAGAUGAAGUAGACACACUAGAAGAUGAAGACGAAGACGACACACUAGAUGAAGACGAAGACGACACAGUAGAGGAUGAGGAUGACGACAUUAUUUAUUAGCAUUAUCAAUAUGAUUAUUGUAUUUUGUGAUAUUGUCGUUCCUCUUUAUUAGUAUGCUAUGAGCUUUUGAUAUUUUAUUGUCAUAUCUUAAACAUGGUAAAUGAAACUUUGGUAUUUUAGGUA